AUGAACGGGAUGAGGCGUAAGACAGCAGGGAAAACGAGGAAUGAGAUAAAGAACAUGUCAAAGGAAGAUAUCUCUAACGAUCCUAUGUGGCUCAAAUGUGAGAUUAGACUCAAAGGAAAAGGAAUCGCAAGAAAGGAACAAAUACUUAAGCUGCUAGAAGAGGAAAAUGCUCUUAUGAGAAAAUUUGAACCUGUGUUUCAAUCUUAUGUUCUGAAAUUUGUACUUGGGUACAAUCGGUUUCUACAAUCUACUCUCAUGACCAUACUGUACCAGAACAACACCGCUGGCCUACAGGUUUUCAGGGAUGACGUGGGCUGGAUCACCGUGCCACCUGUCCCUGGCUCACUAGUGGUGAACGUGGGCGACUUACUGCACAUAUUGACGAACGGAAUAUUCCGGAGCGUUCUUCACCGAGCUAGGGUUAACCACCUCCGAUCUCGCUUCUCCAUGGCUUACCUGUGGGGUCCACCUUCUGAUCAAAUGAUCUCUCCGCUUCCCAAACUGGUUAAUCCUCUGCAGUCUCCUCUUUACCCAUCUCUCACUUGGAAACAGUACCUUGCAACCAAAGCUAUCCAUUUUAAUCAGUCUCUUUCCUUUAUUAGAAACUGUCUGUCUUUAGACCAAAUCUCUUGA